AUGGCUGGAGGCGACGUCGUCAAGAAGCCCGUCAACGUCUUCAAGCUCGGCGACCUCGGCGAGCCCAGCGGCGUCUUCAACUGGCGGCUGUGGUUCGCCGUCUUCUCCUUUGGUCUCAUGGGCGCGGCCCGCGGCAUCGACGAGGGCCUCAUCUCCGGCGCCUUCCAGUCCAAGGACUUUCAGCGGUACAUUCACCUUGACAGCUACUCAAGCGUCGAACGGGCCAACAUCAAGGCCAACGUCUCCGCCAUGGUGCAGAUUGGCUGCGUCGCCGGUGCACUCGUGUAUGUCUCUCCGACUUCUGCAACAAAGGGUGUGGCCAGACGACUGAUGAAUCAACCUUUGGAUAGCGCCUUCCUCGUUUGCGACAAGAUCGGUCGCAUCUGGGCCACCCGCCAGCUCUGCGCGCUGUGGAUCGUCGGCAUCGCCAUCUUCAUGGCCAACGGCGGCCACCUCGCCGCCAUCUACGCCGGCCGCUUCGUCGCCGGGAUCGGCAUCGGGCAGACCGCCGUCGUCGGCCCCGUGUACCUCGUCGAGAUCGCGCCGGCCUCGGUCCGCGGCCUCUGCACCUGCAUCUUCUCCGGCUUUGUCUACCUCGGCAUCGUCAUCGCCUACUUUGCCAACUACGGGUGCUCCGUCUCCCUCGGCGACGCGACGCACGCCCGCUGGCUCGUCCCCAUCAGCGUCCACCUCUUGUUUGCCGGCGUGAUCCUGGUGCUGAGCCUGUUCCAGUGCGAGUCGCCGCGGUUUCUCGUCAAGGUCGGCAGGCACGAGGCGGCGGCAAGGGCGAUGGCACGGCUGAGGGGGCAGGCGCCGGAUUCCGAGUACGUUGCACGCGAGGUGCAAGCGAUCCGGCUGGCGCACGAGCACGAGCUCGAGCACACGGGCGCGUCUUUUGUAGGCACCUGCAAGGAGCUCUUCCUCGACGGCAGAAACCUCUACCGCCUGUACCUCGCCACCAUGGUCCACGUGCUGGCUCAGUGGUCCGGGGCGGGAUCCAUCACCCUCUACGCCCCCGACCUGUUCAAGAUCCUCGGCGUCCAGGGAUCCGAGACGGGCCUGCUGGUGACUUGCCUCUUCGGCAUCGUCAAGCUCGUCUCUGCCAUCGUCUGCGCGCUGUUCCUGAUCGAGGUCAUCGGCCGCAAGCGCGCCCUCGUCGGCGGCAUCGCCCUCCAAGCCAUCGCCAUGGCCUACAUCGCCGCCUUCCUCACCGCCGUUCCCCAUCCCACCGGCUCCUCGGCCGCCGCGCGCGCGGCGAUGGCGAUGAUUUACGUUUCCGGGAUCGGGUGGUCGCUCGGGUUCAACACCAUAUCGUACGUGCUCACGGCCGAGAUCUUCCCGCUGCGCGUGCGCGCCUUGGCGGGCUCAAUCGCGAUGACGGCGCACUUUGUGUGCCAGUACGGCAGCACGCGCGCGACGCCCAACAUGCUCCUGCCGGCAUCCGAGGGUGGCAUCGGUCCAGGCAACACGUUUUGGUGCUACGGGGCGAUCCUGGUGGUGGGCGGCGUCUGGGUGGUCGUCUCGGUGCCUGAGACGGCCGGGAGGUCUUUGGAAAGCAUGGAUAGGUUGUUUGAUCUACCCUGGUAUAAGAUAGGUCUAAAAGGGAACCAAGAUGCCGCCAUGCAGGACGUGGCUUGCGAUGAAAAGGCUGGGGUUAUCAGCAACACCGAGGGAAAGGUUGGACACGUGGAGGACAGGUUGACACGUACCAUGUCGGCUUAA